CCCUGUCCCGUCCGUGCCCUUUCGUCGUCUUCGCUGCCGACGAAAAUCAAAUCGCCCUCUGCAUUCCCCCUCCUCCUCCUCCUCCUCCGCCGACGGCGACGACGACGACGACUCCGAUCGAGGGAUUCCCACCCCUCCCCCGAUGCACGCGCGCGGCGCUCGGUGCUCGUGAAGGGAGGAGGGAGCGGGAGCGGGAGCGAGAGAGGGAGAGAGCGCGGGGAGGAGAGAGGAAGGGCUGGAGAUGCUCGCGGAGGUAGGAGGAGGCGGCGCCGGCGGUCACUGCCCUUCCCUGGAGAUGCUCCUCGUCAUUGCCGCUCUGGCCUGCGUCGACGGCGCGCUGGCUCUCCUCGCCUUCUCUCAGGUCGUGCGGAUUCAUCUACGAGAUCAGGAAGCUGGAUGGACUCGUCAGAAAGUACUUCACCUGAUGAUUGGGUCAUCCAACUUGGGUUAUUUCGUGUUUUUUGUGCUUACAGUAGUUGCGAGCUGUGAGAGAUGGUACUGCUGGUCCCGUAUGUGUGGAUUUAUAUUCAUGGCCUAUCCAAGCAUUCUAUUUCUAGCAGCAUUUCUUCUGCUUCUGUCUUUCUGGGUCGACUUUUGCCAUCAGGCAAAGGAUGAAGGCAAUGGUGAAGAUGAUGAAGGGCAUAAUAUGCAGCAGGCGUUGUUGGCAAAUUCAAUGAUCAGACAGGAUCGGUCAGAUGAGGGAAAUGGGUGCAAAUGUUGCUCAUUCAGAAAUAUAGAAGUUGAAGGCCGGCAAAAAUUUGUUGCUGCGGUUAUUAUGCUAGUAUUUGUCCUAAUGAUAGCGUUCGCUGUUAUUAUUUGGAUUGGCAAUGGGAACAAUCCUAUUGAUUCUGUGUCAAUUGCUCAGAUCUAUGCACGGCUUAUUGCAGUAGCAUUUCUUUUACUUGGGGGAGCUAUAGUAUGCUAUGGUAUCACUUUGUUCUUAAAGUUGAGGAAAGUACGAUCCGAGAGUGCUUCAGGUGAUAUGUGGAAGGUGGCUGGUUUGGCAGCCGUCUGCAUGAUGUCUUUUACAUCGAGUGCUUCAGUAGCUUUAUCUACAGAAACUCCACUAUUCUAUAGUUUGCGCCUCUGGGAUAUUAAUGGAGUAGAGCCACCACUUCUUUUGAUUGUUUACUUUUUUAUAGGUUCAUCAGUGCCAUCAGCCUUUCUCUUAUGGGUGAUAAGAGAAUUGCCGCGUCCAAUCACAUCAAAUACUCAAGGGGAUCAUGCAACAGUAACAUUUAUAAGUUAUGGUGCAACAGGUGCACGUCUUUCCAAUCAGUGGGCUGCUGGAACUAGCUCAAGAAACCAGGUUGCUUGCUAGUCCAUCAGGACGUAGGAGAUUAGUUGACCGCAUCCCACAGCCUCGAGGAGGAAGUUCCAUGUGGGCAUGAUGUUCGCUUCUGCAUUGCUUUGACAAAUUCCGAGAAGGAAAUGCCAGUGGACCAAGAAUGGGGGUUCUGCCAUGAUUCUGGCUUUGAUGCUGAGUGUCAAGACCAAACAUAUUCGGGACGGUUCUCCAACUCUCAAGAAUCCGAAAAUGACCCCCCUCCUUUAAUGAUUACAUCGGAGAUACAUGUAUAUAGUAACGUUGGAGGAAAGAAUCUCCUUUUUUCUCGAAUGUGAUUUUCCACUUUUUCCUCAAAAAAAAAAAAAGAAGUUUUCCUGUGAGUCAGUCCUGCAUUCUGUGCUAUUCAAAUUCAAACUAAGAGAAUAUUUCUCUCUUACCUAGUUUUGAGAAAGUGCAUGUGACCAAAUUAUCAGACAUUCACGAGGUGUCGUGGAUUACGACACUUUAUCAAGACUCGAGGGAAAAAAACAUGUUUCGGAGGAUGUUGGGCUAAAGUGGCGUGACAUCAGUCUUCAGUCUGGAUCUGGGCUGGUCAAAAGAGACGACCUGUUACUACGGAACAACUUUUCUUUAGACAGAUUCUCUCAACUCUAAUGCAAGGCCUGCUAGGUUGGUAAAGGCACUGUCGCUACUUAAACACAGUUGCAGAUGGAAGACCUCUGCAUUGGAAGCACAUGCCAUCAGCUUUGGUAAUUGUUGGUGUUCCAAAUUGAAGACGAAUUGAUCAGUGCUCUUUUUUCCCCCCUCUGGGGGGAUACAGUGGGUCGAUAGCCGAGGCACUGUGCAACUGGCGAAUGAGGACAGUCUGUCCUCGGAUAUUCGGCUUAGCAUUUGGUUUGGAGAUUGGAGAAAAAACGGUAAAGUUGCCACAGAGAACUUGCGGGGUCACUUUCGAUUGGUGUGUUGUAAUUGUGUAGUGCCCAACAUGUAAACUUGGACCGGAAAUGGGGCAGGGCAAUAGCAAACACCGCAGGAUCCGAGUAGACAAUGUGAUUAGCGAGAUCGUGGUGAUCGUAGCAUCAAUUGAGCAUUGUCUGAGCAAGCCUACAGCGUUGGAAAAUGCGGUCCGCGUGCAGUAAUGGCAUUUCCAAUACCAAACAAUUCACUUUAAAAGCCUAAUAAAUAUGCACAACCGUUGGCUUCUUUGGAAGACAUCCGAGGUUUGGAGUCUGGACCUGCAUUUCAUCUUCAAGCUACGCCAGCAAUCAAAUUCGAUAAUGGCGCACCACGCCAGGGGUGAGCAAUAAGGUUGGUUGAACCCAGGAAUUGGCCUUGACCGGUUCGGUUUCAAAAUUUUGUACUUUAAACCGGCCGGGUGUACGUGAGAACCCGGAACCCGCAAGGUUGGUUUCAAGAAAGAACCUAGAAUCAAACUGGUUUACCUUUAAUCAUAAGCAAUUUUACUCUUUUUUUAAGACAGAAAAUAUAUAUUGAAAUUGAAUUUGUUUGACA